AUGAUAAUAAGAAGUGGAGGGCAUUUAAUGUGUUUUGUAGUGUUUGUUGUAUUGUUAAAUGUGAUCAUAACGAAAAAUGUAAUGGCAACAAAAACAGCACCGGCACCACAACCUCCUGUAUCCUCUAGUAAUGCUGCAACUCCAACGGGAAUUUUCAAUAUAAUACCCCAAACGUUUGACAAUGGCCACUACGCCUACGAUGACAUCGAUGAUUACGUGCCCUUUAGCAGUGACGUUCAUGAUCAAUUUUCGUGGGAACUCUUAAGAUACGUACUGAAAGAGGAGAAAUCCAACGUUAUUAUUUCACCAUUUUCGGUAAAAUUGCUUUUGGCCCUUUUGGCCGAAGCUGCGGGUAACAACACGCAAACGCAAAAAGAAUUGGUCAAGACACUCGACGUGAUCAAAUCACCUGACAACCUACGUGGUUUUUAUAAAAAGAUAUUGACAUCGCUGAAAAAGGAAAAUCCCUACCACACACUAAAUUUGGAAACACGAAUGUUCACGGAUGAGUUCGUUGAACCAAAACAGAGAUAUGCAGCAAUGUUGGCGACGUUCUAUAGUACAGAAAUUAAGCGUCUUAAUUUCAUGGAUACCCAAGCGUCGGCAGAUCACAUUAAUGACUGGUGUAAAAACGUUACUAAUGGACGUUUGCAAAAUCUUGUUACGAAGGAUUCCAUCCAAAACAGUGUGAUGGUUUUGGCAAAUGCAAUUUACUUCAAUGGUUUGUGGCGCCGUCAAUUCAACGAGUCAUUCGAUGGCGUCUUUUUCAAAACACCCAACGUUCAGAGCAAAGCCCAAUAUAUGGAACAAACGGAAUAUUUCUACUAUUAUGACCACAGCUCGCUUGAUGCGAAAAUUUUGCGAUUGCCAUAUAAAGGCAAAAAGUUUUCCAUGUUCAUUUUGCUACCCAAGACAAAUGGUGGUGUAGAGGAAUUAACGAAAAUACUACAGAAUGACCAGGUUAAACGUAUGCAGUUCAUGAUGGAGGAAACCAAAUUGAAAGUAACAUUGCCAAAAUUUAAAUUCGAAUUUGAUAAGAAUCUUAAGAGCACACUUUCGGCAUUGGGUAUCCAUGAUAUCUUCACGGAUGACGCCUCUUUACCCGGCCUCGACAGGGGAGCUAAUGUUGCCGGUAAAUUAAAAGUUUCAAAUAUCUUGCAAAAAGCUGGCAUAGAUGUCAAUGAAAAGGGAACGGAGGCAUACGCAACCACAGUAAUUGAGAUCAGUAAUAAAUUUGGUGGAGAUACCACAAUCGAGGAAUUUAACGUCAACAGGCCGUUCAUAUUUUUCAUUGAGGAAGAAGCCACUGGUAGCAUCAUAUUUGCUGGAAAAGUGUUGGAGCCAAUAUUUUAA